AUGAGCUGGUUAUCUACUCUCCGUCGCUUCCCGGGUCAUCUGACCGACCGGCUUAUCCUCACACGCUCGCUACACUCACUAGAGAUCGCCAUGCCGUCAGCGACGUCAAAACAGAGUACGCUCCCCAGUGGCUGGCUCCUGUCACCUCGGAAGGUGCGACGAACAUCUCCUCCUCCUAGUAGACAGCAGACGAGUUCAAAAUCGACUGCAGCAGCACUGUCUACAGUGUUACCACCUUCCGCUAUCAAAUCUGUCAGGAAGGGAACAAAGAAAGAUGCAAAGACCCCUACGCCCCACAAGAAGCACACUCCGCUGAUACCGAUCGACCCCUCAAAAAAGAACUAUAAUAAAAGGAUUACGGAUAUACUAAGUGAACUGAGCAAAACCGAGAAGAACAUCGGUAAUCCAUGGAAAUCCCAGGCCUAUUCAAAAGCCAUUUUAUCCAUUUCUGCAUAUCCCAAGCCCCUAGUAUCUGGAAAAGAGGCUCAGGGUCUUCCGGGGGUUGGGGAGUCCAUAGCAAAGCUGGUCCAGGAAAUCAUUGAGACAGGGACAUCAGAGAGGGUGCAAAAUGAAGCCAACGACCAGCGAUUGCAAACGAUCAAUACGCUGAUGAGAGUUAGCGGGAUUGGGCCAUCAGCAGCUGCAAAGUUUUAUGAUGAGCUCGGAGUUCGGUCCAUCUCCGAUCUUCUGCACCGUCCGCUCACACGUCAUCAGAAGAUCGGAAUGAAAUACUUUAACGAGUUUGAAAAGCGGAUUCCCCGAGCUGAAAUGGAUAGAUGGCAGGCCAUCAUCAAAGAUGUGCUCGAGGAUAUCGACGACCGGUUUGUGGUCACCAUCGCAGGAAGUUAUCGAAGAGGACAAGAGACUUGUGGCGAUAUUGAUGUGUUGUUGACACAUCCAGAGUUUACUACAAGCUCCUCAUCCAACGAAGCAUCCAACAGCAAUCACAAUGUUCUUCUGCAGCUUGUUAUAUCGCGAUUACAUGAGAAGGGAUAUUUGACUGAUGACAUCUCCCUCGGUGACGUGAAGUACAUGGGAGUAUGCAAGCUCCCAGACGUCCCAAAUACAGAGCCGCACAUUCACCGUCGUAUUGAUAUUCGCCUUAGCCCUAUUGACAUGUACUGGCCCGCAGUGUUCCACUCGACUGGCUCGGAUCAGUUCAAUCGAUGGAUAAGGGCGCUCGCCAUUGAACAGGGGUAUACGUUGAGUGAAUAUUCUCUGAGAACAAAGGAUAAGAAAACAGGCGCUGUCGGACCCCCGGUGCGCAUCUCAUCGGAGGAAGAUAUCUUUCGACUAUUGGGUGUGGAAUGGAGAGCUCCAGAGCAGAGGGACUGGUAA